AUGGACCCUUCGAUGCCAGCGUCUUCUUUGUCAAAGAGACAUCAGCGACUUGCCUUGGAUCCUGAAAAGAUUGACAUUCAUGGCAGCCGUCCGGGCAGCAAGAAACGAGAAGGCUUCACAGCAGAGCAGAUCGCAGAGUGCAGAGAGCUCUUUCAGAUCUUUGACAAGAAUGGGGAUGGAGAGAUUGACAAAGGUGAAUUUCUGCCAAUGAUGAAGGCACUGGGCCUGAACCUGUCCUUGCAAGAGCUGGAGAUGUUUUUCCACCGCAUGGACUAUAAUGGCGACGGCAGUGUGCAAUUGCCAGAGCUGGUCACUUUCCUGGAAGGCAUCUCGCAGCCGAUCAGUUUGGAGCAAGAACUGCAAGAGGCCUUUGGAUUCUUCGGCCCCGAAAGCCUAGACAUCAGCGCGAAAGAUACCGUCACGGCGAUCCAUCCUAAAGGCCUUGCACAGAUCUUUGCAGAGAUGGGUGAGGACAUCUCAGAGCUUGAGUGCAGAGAGAUGAUCUCGGCUGCUACUGGGGGUAAGGAGUGGAUUGACUUCAAGACCUUCCAACGCUUCUGCAAGGCUAAGAAAUAG